GGGUGUCUAGGAGCACUCGAUGGUACAUACAUUAACGUGCAAGUCCCAUCAAAAGAUAGGGGAAGAUAUAGAAAUCGAAAGGGUCAAGUGUCGGUUAAUGUACUUGGGGUAUGCGAUAGAAAUAUGAACUUCGUCUACAUGCUUUGUGGAUGGGAGGGGUCUGCUGCUGAUAAUCGAGUACUAAGAGAUGCAAUCACUAGGGCAAAUUCACUCCGAGUCCCAAACGGACAAUAUUAUUUGGUAGAUGGUGGUUACACUAAUGGUUCUGGCUUUCUAUCGCCAUAUAGGGGUGUCAGAUAUCACUUAGAUGAAUGGGGUACAGGGUCCCGUACUCCACAAAACUUUAGAGAACUCUACAACCUUCGGCACGCCAAAGCUAGGAACGCGAUUGAACGUGCUUUUGGCAUUCUAAAAAUGCGUUGGACAAUUCUUAGAAGUAACUCUUUUUACCCCAUUAGGACCCAAAAUCGCAUUAUCAUGGCAUGCGCGCUUAUUCAUAAUUUUAUACGUACAACAAUGCCCGAAGACCCCAUCGAGAACGAGAUUCCAGAAUUCCCGAUACCUUCCAACCCACCGUCUGACGACGACUACAUAGAUCAAGUUGAAAGUAGUCCCGAAUGGACCCAGAAGCGCGAUCUCCUAGCCCAACAAAUCAAAAUUGUCAUGGAACCAUCAAUGACAUCGGGUACCGGAAAAGAGGGCGGCGCCACAUCUAAACGCCGUGUGUGGACAUCGGCUGAAGAGAAUGCCCUAGUUAAUGCUCUAAAGGAUAUUGUAACCGAGGGGUGGAAAACGGAAAAUGGCUUCAGAACGGGCUACGCAUUUCAGUUGGAAAAAAAGAUGAAGACCUAUCUUUCAGGAUGUGAAAUUCGUGCUGACCCGCACAUAACUUCCAAAAUGCAUGUUUGGAAGAAAACAUAUGCGAGUUUGGCCAAUAUCAAAGCAAAUAAAUCGGGUUUGGGAUGGAAUGAUGUUUCAAAAAGCUUCUCCUGUGAUGAUGAUAAGUACCAAUCGCUGAUGAAG